AUGUCGACUUUUGUCGCGGUACCAGCCUUCAAAAUAGGCAUCGUGAAGCAGGUAUUGUCAGGUGAUACAGUUAUUAUAAGAAAACAGCCACAAGGAGGGCCGCCGCCUGAAAAAGUAAUUUCGUUAUCUGGCGUUACAGCACCUAAACUCGCGCGUCAAAGGACUCCAAAUAGUGACGUGGAAACACCAGAUGAGCCCUUUGCCUGGGAAGCUCGAGAAUUCUUAAGGAAAAAGCUUAUUGGCAAAGAAGUCAUAUUUACAGCAGAAAAACCACCAAACUCUGCUACAAGGGAAUAUGGAAAUGUCUGGGCAGGCAAAGAUCCCAAUAAAGAUGAAAAUAUGGUAGAAUCCUUGCUGGCUGAAGGUCUUGUUAAAGUGAGGGACGGUGCAAGGAAUAUUCCACAGUUAAAAAAAUUAGUUGACAUAGAAGAUGAAGCCAGAGCACAAGGAAAGGGAUUAUGGGGAACAGACUUACAGAGCCAUGUACGAGAUAUCCAAUGGUCAGUGGAGAAUCCAAAAGCCUUUGUUAACAAAUUAAAUGGUCAACCUGUGAAGGCUAUCAUUGAAUACGUAAGAGAUGGAUCUACUGUAAGACUGUGUCUCCUACCAGAUUAUACACCAAUCACCAUGAUGCUCUCUGGUAUUAGGUGUCCAGCAGUUAAACCUGAUGGCGAGUCAGAGCCAUACGCAGAAGAAGCCCGUUUCUUUUUAGAGUCACAACUUUUGCAAAGAGAUAUAGAGGUUAUUUUGGAAUCUGUCAGCAAUAACAAUUUUGUGGGAACAAUCUUACACCCACAGGGCAACAUUGCAGAAGCUCUGGUGCAGCAAGGAUUUGCUAAAUGUGUAGUUUGGUCGCUUGCAGUUAUGAAAUCAGGAGCUGCCAACCUCCGUAAUGCUGAAUGCACUGCAAAGGAAGCUAAGUUACGUAUUUGGACCAACUAUGUUAGCACUGCACCUGCUAUUCCUGCUAAGGAGAAAGAAUUUUCAGGAACAGUUACGGAGAUUGUAAAUGGAGAUGCAUUGGUUGUGAAAACAGCUAACAAUGUUUACAAAAAAAUAUUUUUAUCAAGCAUAAGACCACCGCGUGAAAAGAACAGCAAUGAUGAGGAGGGUAAGCCAGCUGCAACACCCCCGAAACCUAAAGGAUUUAAAGCACUCUAUGAUAUCCCAUGGAGAUACGAAGCCCGCGAGUUCCUUCGUAAAAAACUAAUUGGAAAAAAGGUUAAUGUGAUUGUUGAUUACAUUCAACCCGCUAAAGAGAACCAAUUCAUCAACUUCCCUCAAAAGAUCUGUUGCACAGUCACAGUUGGUGGAACAAACAUUGCUGAAGCCUUAGUUGGCAAAGGUUUUGCUACAGUAGUCGGAUACAGAAAUGACAAUGAUCAAAGAAGCUCUCACUAUGAUAAACUCCUGGAAGCCGAGCUGAAAGCAAGUAAAGCUGGUAUUGGUGUUCACGCAAAGAAAGACAUCCCAACCCACAGAGUACAAGACACAAGUGGAGAUGUAGCUAAAGCUAAAAAAUUCUUUCCAUUCUUGAAGAGAGCUCAGAAAACAGAAGGUGUAGUAGAAUUUAUAACAGCAGGCUCACGUAUGCGUGUGUAUAUUCCAAAGGAAUCGGUUAUUGUUACAUUUUUGCUAGCCGGUAUUAACUGUCCAAGAGCUUCACGUCCCACACCUGGUAGUAAUUUGGUACAGCCGGGCGAACCAUACGGAGACGAAGCAAUGUUGUUUACGAAGGAUAAAUGUCUCCAACGGGAUGUCAAUGUUACUAUCGAAGAGAUUGAUAAAGCGGGCAAUUACAUUGGAUGGUUAUGGGUUGAUAAUGAAAACCUGUCUGUAUCUCUCGUUGAACAUGGCCUGGCUUCUAUGCAUUACAGUGCAGAGUCGUCGGAAUAUGGAAGGCUCAUUAAAACUGCUGAAGAAAACGCGCGCAACAAGCGGAUAGGCAUCUGGAAAGAUUAUGUGGAAACCGAGAAAGAGGUGGAGAAGGAACGCAAUGCUACCAUCCAAGACAGAAUUAUUAAAUACGACAAGGUUAUAAUAACCGAGAUAACAUCUGAAGGCACUUUCUUUGCCCAAAAUAUUGACCUUGGUACCAAGCUAGAGGCUUUGAUGGAGAAGAUCCAUCAAGAGAUCAACAAUAAUCCACCCCUACCUGGUUCCUAUGUACCCAAAAGAGGACAAAUUUGCGCAGCACGCUUUUCAUUGGACGAGCAAUGGUACAGAGCCAAAAUUGAAAAGCUAAUAGAUGACAAAAAAGCUCACAUUCUGUUCAUAGAUUAUGGAAACAGAGAGAUUGUGACUCACUCUCGCUUAGCCCUCCUACCGGCCGGUACCGAAGUGGACCCACCAUACGCGACUGAGUACUGCCUGUUCGGUGUAAAGUUUCGAACGGAUCCCGAAGACAGGGCUGAAGCGGUCCGCGCGUUGUCACUAGACACGCUGAACAAGCGACUCUACCUCAACGUUGAGAUACGUGGAACGCCACCAGCUGUAACUGUGGUUGACCCAGCUACUAACGUCGAUCUUGGAAAGAACCUGAUCAAGGAGGGUCUGGUGCUGAUGCAGCACGUGCGUGACCACCGACUGGCCACCCUGAUGGCCGAGUACCGCGCCGCCCAGGACCACGCCAAGGCCGCCCGCCUCAACCUGUGGCGACACGGCGACAUCACAGAGGACGACGCGCUCGAGUUCGGUGCGCGCCGCUAG